GCGAUAAACAAUUCAAUUUGAACUGCAUUUGUAUGUGUUUAGUAGCUGGACAAUUAGUCAUUUAAAUUCCAGAUAAAUAAAAUUAAAAAGCCAACAGAUUUGUGGGACCCUGUUCAGUGGGUGCAAAUCUCUAGAUGCCGAAGUUGCCGAGAGAGAUGCUGGACUUUCGGAGCGAAUUCAGUGCCGCAGCAAUUGUGGGUGAGGGAACAACAACGUCUACGGCCCGGCAACACGUAUUUAUAUAUUAAAAACCCUGCAAAUAUAUAUCCGAACCAACCGCCGAACUGAAAAGAGCUUUUUCUGGACUCCAAUGCAAGCGAAACUCAUCUUUGGGCAGAUGUAAACCCGUAUUUUUAGGAGGAAAACAAGGACUUCUUUAUUGUUUGAGCUGAGGUGCCCCCGCCCCCCGCAGCCAACAGCCGCGCGCUGCAAAGUGUCAAAGAAGAAUACUCGAGCUAGGACUCGUUGGCAUCCAGAUCCUUGAGUGCAAUAUGCCCAGUCUACGGGCGCAGGCCAGUCCAUAGGCGAAGUGAAAUCCGUGGCCUCCGCUGGCAAUGCAGUGGGACGCUGAUGCAGCUGGCUUUGGAUCGAUAUAGAACAGAUUACAGGCGCAUAUCCUGCGGUGAGUGGCGCCAGUGGAUGCCUCAUCUCGCACCCGCACCCGCAUCCGCAUCCGUGUCCCGCGUCUGUGCCCCCGCAUCGUAUCGUCUCGGCCUAUGAAGAUACUCCUCUGCUGCAGUGAUGAGAUCGAGGCUGUUCUGGAUACUGGCCAUUAUAUACUCCUCACUCCAUCACAUCGGCUCGGGCUCCACGUCGACCACAUUAAAGCGACCGCGAGCUGGCGAUCCCUUCGACACGUUCCCCAAGAACUUCUGGCAGGAGUUCUCGUCGCCGUUCACCGACACGCCCGAGGAUGAGGAGCUGGAGGUCACCGAGACGACCACCCACGAGCCGUUCCCCUUCUUCGCCGAUCCGUUCACGACCCUGAACAUCAGCACCCAGCUCUCGUCGAGCGUCUACCUGCACUGCCGGGUGAACGAUCUGCAGGGCAAGACGGUCUCCUGGAUGCGGCGGCGCGGCGACGACCUCACCCUGAUCACCUUUGGCCAGCACACGUAUAGCGGCGACUCGCGCUACUCGCUGGAGUUCGAGGAGCCCAACGACUGGAAGCUGCUCAUCCAGUUCGCCAACGAGCGGGACGAGGGCCCCUACGAGUGCCAGGUGUCCUCGCACCCGCCGCUUGUCCUGCUCGUCUACCUUACGAUAAUUGUUCCUCACGUGGAGAUCCUCGACGAGCGGGGCUCGGCCACGCCGGAGAAGUACUACAAGGCUGGCAGCACCAUCGAGCUGCAGUGCGUCAUUACCAAGAUUCCGCAUCCCUCCUCCUACAUCACUUGGCGGCACGGCCUGCGGCUGCUCAACUACGACACCAGUCGCGGUGGCAUCAGUGUCAAGACGGACAUGGUGCCGGGUCGAGCUCUGAGUCGCCUGUACAUCGCCAACGCCAAUCGCCAGGACACCGGCAACUACACCUGCAUGCUGGGCAACGAGAUCACGGAGACGGUGAUGGUCCAUGUGCUGAACGGUGAGGAGCCCGCGGCCAUGCAGCAUGCGGACGGAAGCCACCUGAGAGCCAGCGCCUCCACAAUGGUUGUGUUAUUUCUAGUGUACGUGUGCGUCUCCGGGUCCCUCUCCGUCGCCGGAAUGCGGCGGGAAUGGGGCCUGGGCUGGGGACUGGGGCGAUGACGGCGCGGCGGAGAGCGGGGAGCGUAGAGCCCCAGAUUGUGGCGCGGGGAAAUGCAUACACCAAAAAGAAUCUUGUCCAGGAUUGCAUUUUCGACUUUUACUCUAAUCAUGGGUUGUUUAACAUACGAUACAUAGCAUAAACCGAGUACUAAGCUUAAGUCAAGUGUAUUUAAAAACCGGAAAUCGAAAGAUCAAGAGAAAAUCUCGUACUAUUAAGGGCGUACGCGGAAUCUAGAUGAGAAAUUGAUUUUUAGCGCUAGAACAUAACAUUAUUAUCAUAAUCGAAUCGAAUCGAAUUGAAUCGAAUUGAAUCGAAUUGAAUUGAAUUGUACUACCCCAAACGGCCGUGUUUAUGUUGGCUAGCAUAUUGACCUUAUACACAUGCCCAUUGUCGCAUCUAACCUACCCAUUUGGCUCUUUGUUACCAUGGAAACACAUAGAUCUGUAAGCCCAAUUGUUUCUCGCUCGAAUCGCCUUCCAAAGGUCGUCUCUCACAGUCCCCACAACGCUCGUGUGUAUCCCGUGUCCCCGUAUAUACAUAUGGAAUACACCUCCGAUCCAAGGCCUUGUUAGUGAAAAAAUGGUUGUAGCUUCUUGAAAUCAAACAGCAUAUCAGUUGGGAUCAUUCUAAACGUAAUACUAAUCAAUACCGAUCGAAAUCGUAGCUUCAUCCUUGAUUCGGUUCUUUGUCCUUCGAGUCCCUCGAUAACUGGAGAGUUUGGGAAAACACUUAAGAGGUUGUUAAAUUAUCUGAUAAUUCCAAACAUUAUGAAUGCGUGAGAAGUUAGUUUUUGCCUCGGUUAGUUUAUGAUUUAUGCGAAAACCCAAAAAAUGUAGAACCGUAGCAGAGAAACCACUUAGGAAAUGUUUAACGUUAACAAAACUGUGCCAUUCAAAAUGGAUACAUAUCGUUUAAUUGUUGUUAAUUCGGUUGCGGAACCAAUGACCAUGCGAGGCAGACGAAAUUAAUAGUAUAUUUGCAUAUUUUUGGCGUCGAAGGCACAACACAACUCGGACCAAUGGGUAAUACUUGAUUGUUUGAUUGAAAAAGGGUCCCAAAGUGAAAAACAAAACGAAACACUAACCACUAAUUCAAUUAGAGCAAGUAAAAAACGAUCGACCGUCAAGAAGAAGAAGCAAAGAAAACGUUUCCACUUUCAUUUCCCGAUUUUAGCCAGUGCCCACUGCACCCCCACAUGCGAGUAUCUCAAUCUUGUCUUUGGCUUUCGCUUGCCCAAAUAUACCCACUCACCGACGGCUUUCCCAAUUCAUAUUGCUUUCAAGAUCGGUUAAUAUACACACUCUCUUUACAAAUUGUAUUUUGAACUCAAAGCUCAGCUUGGAAUACACAAAGGAAAAACGAAAAAAAAGAUAUGAGAAACAGAAAUAUUUAUAGGGCUCGAGGCCUAAGUACUUGGGUAAACUAAUUUCAAAUGGUCCAGUGUAGUUAUUGUACAUUAUUCAAAUUGAUCCCGACCCAAAUCGGUCCUUGGAGUAUGGUCCUUAAAUAACACAAGUGAGAAACCAAACCAAACCAAACAAAACAAAAAUGUUGGAGUGAGAUAACGAAACAAUACUUAGAGACUAAUGAAAGUGACGAAACGAAACUUUUAGAAAGAUUUUGGUUACAGAAUUAUAUUUAAUAAUUACUACAUUUAAAAUUGAGAUUAUGAAACCACAUGCAUACAUAAUGUGCAACGCGGGCGUCCUCUGGUCAAUAGCCGAAGCGACUGCGACGGCCCCAAAGAUGCCGUCAUUGUCGAACAAGAAACAGAAAACGAAAAACCAAAAAUAAGUAACUAAAAACUAAUGCAAAAUUGUAUAAAAACACACACACAUUUGUUUUUUCUAUUAAAACAUUCAAAAGAUUAA